CGGCUCCGGCGGAGAGCGGGACUGCCCCGGGGCGGCGGCGAGAGCGGCUCCGAGUUGUCGGAGAGGGCAACGGGUGUGUCCGCCUCGUGUGUGCUCGCAUCGUGGGAAAGGCUUUCGCUUCAGCCAUUUGCGCUGCCCGAUUCACUUUGCGUCGGAUGUACGGUUUAUAUCCCUGCCGUCUGGUGACGACUUCGCUGGGAGAUCGGUGCUGCCGUACGGCUUUUGUGGUGAAUUUGGAUUAGCAUCUGCCGUCGACAAAAGAGUAGUUGUACGGCUUUUAUCUUUUGCUCUGUAAUCUUCUGAUAUCAUGGAGCCAUAUUUUGCUGGUUUUAAGCAGCAGGACUACGAAGUUACUCUUGAACUUGCAAGUGAGGAGAUUCAAAAAAAUAGAAAUGGGCAAAAUUCUAAGACAGGAUCUUACGGUGUCAGUAUUAGAGUGCAAGGAAUUGAUGGGCAUCCUUACAUAGUACUAAACAAUACAGAAGGGUGUUUGUCAGAAAAUCCUCCUCCUGGAAAGGAACAUCAGGUCAUUUCUCAGACUAUAAGCCAGUCAGUCACAGACUCCACUACUGCUUUUAAAUUAGAGGACAAAAACAGUGAACGCACAGAUUUUCCUGGAACUCAGCAUAUACAACCCCGUACAUUUAAAAGCCUGAAGAUAACCAAUCCAGAUGAAAAUGAAAGUGGAUUAUCAGAUUUUAAAGAUGGAGCAUUGAAAUCCUCCAACUUGUUAAACUUUCAAAGACAUCCUGAGCUUUUACAGCCUUAUGAUCCUGAGAAAAAUAACUUGAACUUGGAAAAUUGCCAGUCUUCUGUGUAUAGUAAAUCUGCAUCUUUUGCAAAUGAAGAUAAAACUGAAGUAAAGCCUUGGAUUUCUUCUUCUAAGAUCAUAUCCUUACAGAAAACAAAUACGUAUCUUGCAGAGUCAACCAAAGCAAAUUCAAAAAAAAUACAUUUGAACAGGACAGUAGACACAGAACACCAAAACAAGCAGGUGUUGGAUUGUCCUGGUAGCAUAAUCAGCUCCAGUGAGGUGGGUGUUUCAGAAUCGUUUUCAUCUACAGAAAGAUCCCCAUGUCUUAGUCCUGCUGCUUAUCCAGAAACAAGGAAGCCUAGACCAGACGUACUUCCCUUUCGCAGACAAGACUCAUCUGGGCCAGUGUUGGACUCACGAAGAUCAUCAUCUUCAUCAGCUACUCCCACUUCUGCAAAUUCAUUGUACAGGUUUUUACUUGAUGAUCAAGAGUAUGCGAUCUAUGCAGACAAUGUUAAUAGACACGAAAACAGAAGAUACAUCCCAUUUUUGCCUGGGACUGGUCGUGAUAUUGACACCGGUUCAAUUCCAGGAGUAGAUCAGCUAAUUGAGAAGUUUGAUAAAAAAGUUGACUCUCAUAAAAGAGGUAGGCCAGGAAAAAGGAAUAGAAUUCAUCCAGAUGAUCGUAAAAGGUCGAGAAGCGUUGACAGUGCCUUGUCAUUAGAGCUUGAAAUGAAUUCAGAUUAUUUGGGUGAAGUGAGUAAGAAUUUAGGUAAGUCAACUGAGCACUUGCUAAAGCCAUCUGAAGUUUGCUUCCAGAAGCAGUUAUCCAGAGAUCAGAAACCACCUUCCAAAGAAGUGAAAAUUUCUGCUCGAAGUAUUGGAAAGCUGCAGAUGCCUGGUAAAGACUCUCAGAACAGUCAUUUCACUUCUUUGCAGCAUCUUAAACAAAAUGGAGAUAAUACUGAGAGUUUCGUAUUUAGGUCAUCUACACUUCCAGGACAGAAAAAGAGAGAGGAAGCUGGAACAGUAACUUCUACUCUGUUGUUUCCAAAAAGAAUCACAAUUUCACCUGAUUCAGGAGCCAAAAAGAUUUCUUUAAAAACAUUUUCAUCCGUCCCUAAUAUACAGGCAACACCCGAUCUCUUAAAAGGCCAGCAAGACGUUGCACAUCAAACAAAUGAAGAGACUGCUAAGCAGAUACUUUACAAUUACCUUAAAGAAGGAAGCACUGAUAAUGAUGAUGCAACAAAGAGGAAAGUCAACUUGGUUUUUGAGAAAAUUCAGACUUUAAAGUCCAGAGCUGCUGGAAAAACGCAGGUUUCUGAUACUUCAGCUGAAGUGAAAGCAUUGGUGGAGCAAAAAACCGAACUUGAAAGGAGAGUGGAAGAACUGCAGAAAAAACUGGAUCUAGAAAUCACGAAUCAGCAAAAUUGCAAAGAGGAGAGAGAUGCUACACGAGCAAGCCUGCAAGAGCUUCAGCUCCGACUUGAUGAAAGUAUAAGUGAAAAAGAUGCCUUAAAAAAGAAGCUGGAAGAAAAUGAGAAGGAGCUCAGGCAAAACCUAGAAGAGCUUUUUCAAGUGAAGAUGGAGCAGGAAAAACACCAGACUGAGAUCAGAGACCUUCAAGACCAGCUCUCUGAGAUGCAUGAUGAACUGGAUAAUGCAAAACAUACUGAUGAACGGGAAAAAGAGGUUCUGAUUGAGGAGCUAAUGCAAAUGAAGCAGGAUCUGCAAGAAAUAUUAAUUGCAAAGGAUCAACAAGAAGAAAUUUUGAGAAAGAGAGAGCGGGAACUUACAGCUUUAAAAGGAGCACUAAAAGAAGAAGUAUCUAGCCAUGACAUGGAGAUGGAUAAGGUCAAAGAGCAGCAUGAUAGAGAAAUGCUAAAUCUGCAACAGAGCUUGGAGAAAGCAACGGAGAAUGCUGCUGUUCUUGCCAGUGAAAGAGAUGCUAUGGAAGAGUUACGAAAUAGUAUAGAAAAUCAAGUCAAAAAGCUGACUGAGGCAAACACACAGUUGAAGAGAACAGUUGAUGAACUAGAAACAAAAAAUGAAGAGUUGCACAAACAAUUUGAUAAUAUGAAAGGAGAAGAAAAUUCAAUGAAGGAAAAAUUAAAAAGAUUUAAGGAUGAAAAUCAACAAUUAGAAGCAGCAUUGAAAUGUGCUGAAAAAGAGGCAAAAGAAUUGAUGGCAUUAAAAACAUCUUUAGAAAGCCGACUAGAAAAUAUGCAGGAAAACAUCCAUUGUAUUUCACAGGAACGGCAGCAGUUAACCCAACAGUUAAAAGAUGAAACUCACCAGAAGGAACAGCUGGAGAAGAUAAAGAAUGAAAUGGAAAAUGAACGAUGGCAACUGAACAAGACGGUUGAAAAGUUACAGGAGGAGAUGGCUGAAAUGGUGGAGGCCUCAAGAACAUCUACUGUGGAGCUUCAGAACCAGCUUGAUGAAUAUAAGGAGAAAAACCGCAGAGAACUUGCAGAUGUGCAGAGACAAUUGAAAGAAAAAAACCUUGAGUUAGAAAAAUCACGUCUGACAACCAUUAGAAUGCAGGAUGAGAUGCGUCUCCUGGAAGAAAACUUGAGGGAUCACCAGAGAGCUCAAGAUGAAGCAAUAACAAAAACUCAGUUGUUAGAACAGACUGUGAAAGGCUUGGAGUAUGAACUGGAGGCCAAAAACCACCUGAAAGAUGACCGAGCAAGACAAAUCAAAUUAAUGGAGGACAAAUUAUCUCACCUGGAACUUGAGCUUGAUGAAGAAAAGAAUAAUUCGGAUUUGUUGUCUGAGAGGAUCAGUAGAUGCAGAGAACAGAUUGAACAAAUGAGAACAGAACUACUUCAGGAAAGAGCUACAAAGCAAGAUUUGGAAUGUGACAAGAUUUCUUUGGAAAGACAGAACAAGGACUUAAAGAGCCGAAUCCUUCACCUGGAAGGUUCUUACCGAUCCAGUAAAGAAGGACUUGUUGCUCAAAUGGAAGCAAGGAUCACAGAGCUAGAAGAACGACUUGAAAAUGAAGAGAGGGAUAGGGCUAAUUUCCAACUAAGUAACCGCAGACUUGAGAGAAAAGUGAAGGAGUUAAUGUUGCAAGUAGAUGAUGAACAUCUCUCAUUGACUGACCAGAAGGAUCAGUUGAGUUUGCGUUUGAAAGCAAUGAAGCGUCAAGUUGAAGAAGCUGAGGAAGAAAUAGACAGACUGGAAAGUGCUAAAAAGAAACUCCAGAGAGACCUAGAAGAGCAACUAGAUAUGAAUGAACAAUUGCAAGGACAGCUUAAUGCUGCAAAAAAGGAAUUAAGACGAAAGAAGUCACCAAGUAAAGUGCUGACUGAUUUUGAUGAUGAUGACGAUGAUGAUGAGUUCAGUACGGAUGGCGAUAGUCUCUGUGAAGCACCUUCAGGAAAUAACUUUUCAAAAGAUAAUGACUCAAUAAUAUAAAAUAAGUAUUGGCUCUGUGUUUCCUUUGAAAGUACUGGAAGAGUAACUUAAACUAUCAAAAAAUGGAUAUUUUAGAAGCCAAAUGCCAUAAAGGGAUGUAAGAUCUGGGAAUUUGAUGUUUCUGUCCAUACUGUGCCAUUUUCUUAUUUAGAUAUCUUCUGUUUAUUAUAGAAAAAAGAACUGUGUUGUAAAACAGCUAUAAAACAUGGUUAUAUAUAACUGCUACUGAAAACACAGGGAUAACGUUUUGCCUUGGAAUUGUGAUUUUGUUAAAAUUCUGUUUAAGUAAAGAGCCACUUGAAAGU